ACAAGAUUGUCCUUGGUUUUAAAAAAAGAGAGAGGGUAUUUUUGACAGUUUCAUCAAACCCUAAAAAGUUCAGUUUCUCUUCCUUCUUUCAUUCAUUCUUACGCAAAACAAACUGCGCCUUUCAUCUUCUCACCCAAAAAGGCAUCUUCUCUCAGCAAACCGGACAAUCUGUUCAUCUUCUCACCCUAAAACGCCGCUGUCGAACCGUCGUUCCUCAGGUUCAUGCGAUGGACAUGUCUGAUGCUGUGAUUGUCAAAUCUAGUAGGUUGAAAUCAGUUGUAUGGAAUGAUUUUGAUAGGAUUAAAAAAGGUGAUACAUGUGUGGCGGUUUGUAGGCAUUGUAAAAAGAAACUGAGUGGAUCAAGCACGAGUGGAACAUCUCAUCUAAGGAACCAUUUAAUCAGGUGUCAGAGAAGGUCUAACCAUGGUCUAGCACAAUACAUCACAGCAAGAGAAAAGAGAAAGGAAGGGUCUCUUGCAAUUACGAAUUUCAGUUUGGAUCAAGAUCCAAACAAAGAUGAUACAGUUAGUCUUGUGAAUAUCAAAUUUGAGCAGGCGCAGUUGAAAGAUGAAUCGGUCAACACUGGAAAUAGCAACUUUGAUCAAAGACGGAGUCGAUUUGAUCUUGCCCGCAUGAUUAUUCUACAUGGAUAUCCCUUGGCUAUGGUUGAACAUGUUGGUUUCAGAGCUUUUGUAAAGAACCUGCAGCCCUUGUUUGAGCUUGUAACAUUGAAUCGGGUUGAGGCUGAUUGUAUUGAGAUUUAUGAUAAAGAGAGGAAAAAGAUGAAUGAGAUGUUGGAUAAAUUGCCCGGAAAAAUCAGUAUUAGUGCUGAUGUGUGGACUGCAAAUGGUGAUGCUGAGUACUUGUGUUUGACAUCAAAUUACAUAGAUGAAUCAUGGGAGUUAAGAAGGAGGAUAUUAAAUUUUAUAAGGAUUGAUCCUUCUCAUACUGGAGACAUACUUUCAGAAGCUGUCAUGUCUUGUCUGAUGGAUUGGGAUAUUGACCGUAAGUUGUUCUCCAUGAUUUUGGACGGUUGUUCUACCUGUGAUAACAUUGCCACAAGAAUUGGCGAGAGACUUAUGCAAAAUAGGUUUCUAUAUUGUAAUGGUCAAUUAUUUGAUAUACGCUGUGUUGCCAAUGUUCUUAAUGUCAUGUCUCAGCUUGCUUUGGGAGCUGUAACUGAAAUAGUCCAUAAGAUUCGUGAAACUACUCGAUAUAUUAAAAGUUCACAAACCGUACUGGCAAAGUUCAAUGAGAUGGCUAAAGAAGUUGGGAUCAUUAGUCAAAAGUGCUUAUUUCUAGACAAUCCAAUGCAAUGGAAUUCUACAUAUUCAAUGCUUGAAGCUGCUUUAGAAUUCAAGGAUGUUUUAAUUCUUCUGCAAGAAAAUGAUAUUGCCUAUAAUAUCUCUUUAUCUGAAGUAGAGUGGGAGAGACUCGCCAUAGUUACCAGCUACUUAAAGCUUUUUGUCGAGGUUAUUAAUAUUUUCACCAGGAGCAAGUAUCCAACUGCAAAUAUAUAUUUCCCCGAGCUCUGUGAUGUUAAGUUGCAUUUUAUUGAGUGGGGCAAGAAUUCAGAUCCGUGCAUCAGUUCUUUGGUGGUUCAGUUGAGAAGCAAGUUUGACGAGUAUUGGGACAAAUGUAGCUUAGGGUUGGCAGCUGCUGCUAUGUUAGACCCUAGAUUCAAGAUGAAGUUGGUUGACUAUUAUUAUCCACAAAUCUACGGUAGCAUGUCAGCAAGUCGCAUUGAAGAGGUCUUCGAGGGCGUGAAGGCCCUUUACAACGAACAUUCUAUAGGAUCGCCAUUAGCUUCUCAUGACCAAGGAUUGGCCUGGCAAGUUGAAAAUGGUAGCAGUUCUCUUUCCUUGCCAUGGUCUGCAAAGGACUCCAGGGAUAGACUGAUGGGGUUUGACAAAUUCCUCCAUGAAACCUCUCAAGGUGAAGGUGCAAAAUCAGAUCUAGAUAAGUAUUUGGAAGAACCUCUUUUUCCGCGAAAUGUUGAUUUCAACAUAUUAAAUUGGUGGAAAGUUCACACUCCAAGGUAUCCCGUCUUAUCCAUGAUGGCCCGAAAUGUUUUAGGAAUCCCAAUGUCAAAGGUUGCACCAGAGUUGGCAUUUAACUACAGUGGAAGAGUCCUUGAUCGUGAUUGGAGCUCUCUUAAUCCGGCUACUGUCCAAGCUUUGGUGUGUUCGCAGGAUUGGAUACGGAGUGAACUGGAAAACUAGAGUUGGUUUUCCCUUGCAUUCUAACUGUACAUGCCAAUUCCCCUUUUAGAAAUACCGCCAUUGUAAGUUAGAUCUUUUAACUUCACAUUUCAAUUUUCUUGACCUUUUGUAUUCAGGUUCUAUUAUUUAGCCCACAGCCUUAUGAAACAUAGCAAUUUAAUCUUUGAUAUAUUUUAUUGCGUUAUUAUUUUUUCUA